AUGGCCAAGAAAGUGACUGGCAAUGUUGCAAGAGCCAAAGAUGGUGCAGCAGCAUUUGGUGGAGGCGGAGGUAUAACCGGAGACUCGAUCGAUGGCAUAGACGGCAUGGCAGAAGAUGGAGGUGUAGGGGCAGAGGGGAUACUAGAUGGUGGAAUGACACUAGGGGAAGGCAGAGGCGUAACUGGAGAAUCGGCCAAUGGCGUCGAUGGAAUCGCAGCGGGAGAUGGUGAGUUAAUAAUGGAUAAAGGUGUUGGGGCAGAAGGACUCCUAGAUGGUGUAGGUACAGGUGCUAGAGUUGCCACUGGUGAAGGAGCAGAUAUUGGGGUGGUUGUUGUUGCAGUAGUAGGGUUUGCAGGAGCAGAUACUGGAGUGGUUGUUGGAGGAAUAGUACGCUUGGCUCUUGGUGGAGUAGCUGGGGUGGCAGUAGAAGAUAUUGGGGUGGCUCUUGGUGGCUUAGUAGGGGUGGUCGGAGCAGAUACUGGUGCGACUCUUGGUGGAGUAGUGGGGGUGACAGUAGCGGAUACUGGGGUAGCUGUUGGUGGAAUAGUAGGGUUGGCAGGAGCAGAUACUGGAGUGGUUGUUGGUGGAAUAGAGCGCCUGGCUCUUGGUGGAGUAGCUGGGGUGGCAGGAGCAGAUAUUGGGUUGGCUCUUGGUUGUUUAGUAGGGGUGGAUGUUGGUGGAGUAGUGGGGUUGACAGGAGCAGAUACUGGUACGACUUUUGGUAGAGUAGUAGACGUGCCUCUUGGCGAAAUAGUUGGUGCGACAGGAGCUGAUAUUGGAGUGGUUGUUGGUGGAAUAGUACGCUUGGCUCUUGGUGGAGUAGCCGGGGUGGCAGGAGCAGAUAUUGGGGUCGUUCUUGGUGGCUUAGUAGGGGUGGCUGGAGUAGAUACUGGGGUGGAUGUUGGUGGAGUAGUGGGGUUGACAGGAGGAGAUACAGGUGCGGCUCUUGGUGGAGUAGUAGACAUGCCUCUUGGUGGAAUAGCAGGGGUGACAGGAGCGGAUACCGGGGUGGCUGUUAGUGGAGUAGUAGGGUUGGCUGGAGUAGAUAUUGGGGUAGCUAUUGGUGGAGUAGUACGCUUAGCUCUUGGUGAACUUGUGGGCCUGGCAGGAGCAGAUUUCGGGGUGGCUAUCAGUGGGGUAGUAGGGUUGGCUGGAGCAGAUAUUGGCGUGGCUCUCGGUGGAGUAAUGGGAUUGGUUGGAGCAAAUACUAGGGUAGAUGUUGGUGGAGUAGUGGAUGUGGCUCUUGGUGGAGUAGUCGGCGUGGCUCGUGGUGGAGUAGCGAAUGUGGCAGGAACAGAUAUCGGUGUAGCUAUUGGUGGAGUAGUAGGUGCGGCUCUUGGUGGAAUAGUGCGCGUAGGCGUGGUCGGAGCAGAUAUUGGGGUGGUUGUUGGUGGAGUAGUGGGUGCGGCAGGUACAAGCCGAGGAGCAAGAGAGGUGGAGGCAACAGAGACAGUUAUAACCAAUUUCAUGCCUAGGUCACAAUGCCCUGCAAAUGUACAAACGUAA